GCCAUGGGAAAAAAAUCAGAGCACAACAACAACCUACGCAGUUGAUAUAGAUAUGAACAAAAUAUUCCAAUUAGUGUUGCUGUGCUACAUUUGUUUGAUUGUUUUCAUUUUAAUUGAAUCGGGGGAUGCCAACGAAGAGAAAACGAAUAACCAUGUUAGACAGAGGAGAUACUUGAGCUUCAAGAAUAAAACGAAGUUUUUUCUCCGUCUCAACUUCAAAGCUAACAUGGUGCCAUGGACCCAGAUAUUCGCCCAAGCGCUCGGGUUCCGUAUGAACUGGGACGCGCCUCCUGAUACCUUUCAUCCUUACAAACACUUCUCCAGACGAAGCGUUUAUAACCACUUGGAGCACUUACUUGACAGGCAGGGGUUGAAUGGACACCAAUGCGUGCGGCGGGCCAUUUGCGAGAUGGAAGCGCGCGCCCCGCGGGGCAUAUACCACAAAAUUUUAAAAAUGGUGUUCAGGAAACAAUCGUCGGACACCGAUAAGUGGCACAACAACACCACCAAAGAAGACUGCUUAGUAACUUAUACCAAAUGUCCAUUCUCGUUCUUGGACAUAUCUCAAUACACGGAUUUAUAG